AUGCCCCACUGGGGAAGACCAUCCGGGGCUCUUGCAGGGGGAGGUGGAGAAUCAUGGAAAGAUGAGUUUGAGUUGCGCCGGAGGAGGUUUCUGGACGUGGGCGAUGAGAGCGAUGAUGGGCAUCAACGUGUCUAUCUCGACCCUGCUGCUUUCAAGUCCAGGUCCGCUGAUAGGCUGCCACGGGAAGCUUUUGCUGGAGACGAUCUGAUCUUCACUGGAUACGAUCUGGGCUCCGCAAGGGGAGAAAGAGGAGUGGAUGAUAAUGCAUAUGAAAGAAGAUACUACCAGCCGCAGGAAGAAGACUAUUACCACGACAGUGCCUUGACACGACUGUCGCGCGAGGAUGCGCUGGUUCAAUCGGCCAGAGAGAAACUCAGAAAGGCACGGGUCAAGGGUAAGACAAACGUCAGCCUGAGCGUCGAGGAGAUGGCAGCGUUGGAAGGGAGCAGCACGCAAUCCAGAGACACUUCCGAGCCGAGUACACCGAACAAGCACAAGACCAGAGGCAGUCGGUCUAGUAGUACCACGAGCUUGACAAGCACUCGUCCACGAAGGAUGAGCACUGGUCUAUUCGGCGGUACAUCACCAUCGCAUUCUCGAUCCCGAACACCCAAGAAUCCGAGAAAACCCUCGAAUGAACAACAGCCAAUUUCUCGCACUCCGUCUCAACCAGCAUUCAUGAUCCGCGGCCCGGAUGGUGUAUCGAUGUACGCGCCUGCUGAUUUCUAUCCUUCUUCGGCAUCGUCUAGAAGACCCUCGUCAAACGGCAAUCGUACGGUCACCCCGCCCUACGAAGCAUACUCGGCUCGCGGAUUCGGUCCUGAAUUGCGAGCGCCCUCUUCAACUUCUAACCGUGCUCUAUACGAUGAGAACGCAUGGACAUCCUCGAGUCGACCACCACCAGGAGCGGCAUAUCCUGAUAUGUUCGGACCAUCUUCCUCGCUCAAUUCACAGUCUUACCAGGGAUCCAUACCUUCGUCAGAUGUGUCGUAUGCGAAACUGAGGCGAGCACCUCAAGGGUCGCCGCUCUCGAAUGUCGAAGCAGCAGCUGACCGACGGGAAAGGGAACUCGAGACGAUGUCGGGGGUAAGACCAGCAAGCAGUGGAAGCAGUAGUGAUGAUUCUGGUGGGCAAGGGGUUAGGAUUGAGGUCGAGCCUGGAUUCGGGUUGAGGAGGGUGCCGGUAUCAAGCAAAAGUGGUACAGUCAGGCGCAGAAGAUAG